UAUAUAAACAUUUAAAUAUUAAAAUUUAGAAAAAAAUCUACAUAUUAGAUAUAACUCCACAAAUCUAAAUGUUCGUAUAAAAAGCUACUGACAAAAGCACUGAACAACGCUAAGAAAGUCUACUUCAACACAUGCCCCAGUCCUUGUCAAAGAUGCAUCAUCAAGUUCUACAUGAUAGCGUUAGUGGAGACUCCUCUCCAUCACUCAUCUUCCCUCCUCGGUAUCCAGGCAACAAAUCAGUGUUUGGUAGGCUGUCACAAUAUGUCCGUCCAAGACCAGUGAAGGUUAUGGUGCUAGGCUUAGCAGGAGUAGGAAAGUCGGCCCUAACUGUACGUUUCAUCACAAGAAGGUUUAUUGGAGACUAUGACCCUACUCUAGAAGACGUUUACACUCACGAGACCUUGUUCAACAAUGAACCGGUUAUUUUCCACAUUCUGGACAGCGCAGGUCACAGUCAUGACACGGAGCCAUUUUUUCUAGAAUCCAACAUUCGCUGGGCUGAUGCAUUCAUUCUGAUGUAUUCUGUUACUGAUAAAUGUAGUUUUGAUGAGUGCAAUCGUCUAAAGUUUCUCAUCAAUCUCUACAACAAAAGAUGCCGCAUUCUGGGAACCCCAUUAUUUCCUGGACACGAUACCGAAGUUCCUGUAUUAUUAGUUGGAAACAAAGCCGACCAGUAUGGUGAUAGAAUGAUCUCGAAAGUGGAUGGAGAACGUAGAAGUCACGACAUAGGUUGUGCGGGAUUUCACGAAAUUUCUGUGCGAGAGUCUAUUGAUGACGUAGAGACCGUCUUUAGGGAUCUCUACCAGCACUGGAAAACAUGGAAUAAAACAAGCAAAAUGAGGCGUUGUUCCAGUGAUGCUGGUUCAGCACAGUCUGUUAAGCGACUUCCAAUUGUCAGCAAGACUCCCCUGUUAAGCUUCCAGGAGGAAAAAACCCGCGUAGAACCUCAAGAAAAUGUCGCAGAGGCAUCAACUAGGUUUUUACAGGAAUCUGAACCAUACACUUUCAGAGAACGAGCCUGUACUGACGGAACUUUACAUACAUCAGCUAGAUGGCGUCUCAGAACUACUAGGUUUAAGAAUGGGGGCAACUCUCCUCUUCAGGUUCGAAGAAUGAGUAUUAGUAUGCGAGGAAGUGAAUCAAACUAAUAACAUAUCAGAGUCUGCAUUUAACUAACAUUUGCUUAAUGCAGUCAGACGGCGCUGUUGUGCGAUUUAAUUUAUAUUCCUAAAUUAUUAUGGUAAUAAUUAUAUUUGUCUUACCUAAAUAUUAUUUGUGUAUGAAACGUAUUGCUGUAUAUGUAUUGUGAUGCGUAUACAAAAGUAGUAGCUUUGCUUGUCGCCAGUAAUGUAGAUUUUGAGAAAAACCUUACUUGUAGUUUUAAUUUGUCAAUUUUAGCGAUUAAUGUAUCUUAAUGACAAUUCUUUCAAUCAAGGGAAAACGAGCGUUAAUGUUGUCUUUGUUUAUGAAA